UUAGAAGCGUGUAUAAAAGGUUUGUAAUAUGGUUUUUGGCACAAACAGAACGAACGAGCCUAAUGCAACACAAGUUAUAGUUAAGUGCGAACGAAACGAUAUUAAUGUAACAAUGAAGUUAACAGUUCUACUAUUUAUUGUGGGUAUUUGCCUAGUUAGUGCAAAGCAUCUUCCUUAUGAAUCGGACGAUUCGAAUAAUGUAUUAUUAAGAGAUAAAAGGUCAGAUUCUGACGAAUCCGAUUCAUCCUUUGAGCACAGCAGUGAUGGUGAUGAUUCAAUUGAAAGGAAACUAAGAGAGAGAGAGGAAAAACUACGCGACAAGGCUGAAAAAGAACAAAAAAAGCAAUUGGAACGAGAGGAAAAGGAGAGGCGUCGAGAAGAAGAACGUCAAAAAAAACGUGAAGAACAACGCCAAAAGGAAGAGAAAAAACUUGAAAAGGAGCGACGUAAACAAGAAGAACAAGAACGAAAGCUUGAGGAGAAGCGUUUAAAAGAAGAGAAGAAAAGACAAGAAAAGCAAAUAAAUGAAUUGAAAAAGGAAGCAAAACGGUCAGAAAUAGAAGACGAUAGUUUCCUUGAGACUGAAGAAGAAAACUCAGUUGAACUCGAAGAUAUAUGGAGACAGCAUAUAUAUACUAAAUAUGGCUUAAACUUCGCUAGUACUAGAUUAGAAAAACAGGCAGCAUUGAAUAAAUAUAUUCAGGAAGAACUGAAACUGCAACCUAAUAGUACCAAGGCUGAACGUCGUCGCGCAAUAUUAGAAUUGGUCCAAACUAAACUCCAAAAUGAUAUUGCAGAAAGGGAGGCGAUUCGCAAGCAAAUAUUGAGUCACGUUAAUGCAGUAACAUUACAAAAAUUACGCGACAAUUUAGAAAAAGAUAUAGAUGAAAUAAAUAAUAAAACAGAUUUACUGAAAAACGUUCAAUUACCAUGGGCCAUCCCAGUUCAACAGAAUCUCGAGGAAAAGAAAACGUUUUUGCAAGGUUUAUCCCAGUUCUUAUCGAACAUUCUUCCUAGCUGGAUUUCUGGAAACCAGCCCCAAACAAAUAAUCAAACAAAUGAAAAUGGAAGUCAAAGUAUUAAUUCAAAUAAUGAUGCUAUUCAGUCCUCUGGAAAUGGUGAAAUGUCUAGUACUGGCUCCACCAAUAAUGAAGUAUCCAAUGAUUUCCCAACCAAUAAUUCGGUUAAUACAAAUGAAAAUAAUGUCCGACCAAAUGGAAAUGAAAAUAGUGGAUCUCCAACUUCAUCCAGCUCUAUCCCAGCCUCACAAGCAAAUGAUGCCGCAGCUUCUGAGUCGAAUGUAGCAGGACUGCCCGAGGGAUCUGUAUCUCAAGUAAAUCCAGAAGCUCCAUCCAGCUCUGUCAAUACAGUUUCCAGUGGUAUUAGCAACCCAGCCUCACAAGCAAAUAAUGCCGCAGCUUCUGAAUCUAAUGUAGGAGGACAGCCCGAGGGAUCUGAGUCUCAAGUAAAUGCAGAAGCUCCAUCCAGCUCUGUCAAUACAGUUUCCAGUGGUGUGAGCAACCCAGCCUCACAAACAAAUGAUGCCGCAGCUUCUGAAGCUAAUGCAGGAGGACAGCUCGAGGGAUCUGUGUCUCAAGUAAAUCCAGAAGCUCCAUCCAACUCUGUCAAUUCAGCAUCCAGUGGUGUGAGCAACCCAGCCUCACAAGCAAAUGAUGCCGCAGCUUCUGAAUCUAAUGUAGCAGGACUGCCCGAGGGAUCUACAUCACAAGUAAAUCUAGAAGCUCCAUCCAGCUCUGUCGAUACAGCUGCCAGUGGUAUUAACAACCCAGCCUCACAGGCAAUUGAUGCAGCAGUUCCUGAAGCUAAUGUAGUAGGACAGCCCGACGGAUCAGUAUCUCAAGUAAAUGCAGAAGCUCCAUCUAGCUCUGUUGAUACAGCUUCCAGUGCUAGCAACCCAGCCUCACAAGCAAAUGAUGCUGCAGCUCCUGAAUCUAUUGUAGCAGGACUGCCCGAGGGAUCUACAUCACAAGUAAAUCUAGAAGCUCCAUCCAGCUCUGUCGAUACAGCUGCCAGUGGUAUUAACAACCCAGCCUCACAGGCAAUUGAUGCAGCAGUUCCUGAAGCUAAUGUAGUAGGACAGCCCGACGGAUCAGUAUCUCAAGUAAAUGCAGAAGCUCCAUCUAGCUCUGUUGAUACAGCUUCCAGUGCUAGCAACCCAGCCUCACAAGCAAAUGAUGCUGCAGCUCCUGAAUCUAUUGUAGCAGGACUGCCCGAGGGAUCUACAUCACAAGUAAAUCCAGAAGCUCCGUCCACCUCUGUCGAUACAGCUGCCAGUGGUAUUAACAACCCAGCCUCACAAGCAAUUGAUGCAGCAGCUCCUGAAGCUAAUGUAGGAGGACAGCCCGAGGGAUCUGUGUCUCAAGUAAAUGCAGAAGCUCCAUCCAGCUCUGUGGAUACAGCAUCCAGUGGUGUUAGCAACCCAGCUUCACAAACAAAUGAUGCAGCAGCUGCUGAAGCUAAUGUAGGAGGACAGCCCGACGGAUCAGUAUCUCAAGUAAAUGCAGAAGCUCCAUCUAGCUCUGUCAAUACAGUUUCCAGUGGUAUUAGCAACCCAUCCACACAAGCAAAUGAUGCUGCAACUCCUGACUCUUAUGUAGGAGGACAACAAGAGGGAUCUGUAUCUCAUGUAAUUCCAGAAGCUCCAUCCAGCUCUGUCAAUUCAGCAUCCAGUGGUGUGAGCAACCCAGCCUCACAAGCAAAUGAUGCCGCAGCUUCUGAAUCUAAUGUAGCAGGACUGCCUGAGGGAUCUACAUCACAAGUAAAUCCAGAAGCUCCAUCCAGCUCUAUCGAUACAGCUGCCAGUGGUAUUAACAACCCAGACUCACAAGCAAUUGAUGCAGCAGCUCCUGAAGCUAAUGUAGGAGGACAACCCGAGGGAUCUACAUCACAAGUAAAUCUAGAAGCUCCAUCCAGCUCUGUCGAUACAGCUGCCAGUGGUAUUAACAACCCAGCCUCACUAGCAAUUGAUGCAGCAGCUCCUGAAGCUAAUGUAGGAGGACAACCCGAGGGAUCUGUAUCUCAAGUAAAUGCAGAAGCUCCAUCUAGCUCUGUCGAUACAGCUGCCAGUGGUAUUAACAACCCAGACUCACAAGCAAUUGAUGCAGCAGCUCCUGAAGCUAAUGUAGGAGGACAACCCGAGGGAUCUACAUCACAAGUAAAUCUAGAAGCUCCAUCCAGCUCUGUCGAUACAGCUGCCAGUGGUAUUAACAACCCAGCCUCACAAGCAAUUGAUGCAGCAGCUUCUGAAGCUAAUGUAGGAGGACAGCCCGACGGAUCAGUAUCUCAAGUAAAUGCAGAAGCUCCAUCCACCUCUGUCGAUACAGCUGCCAGUGGUAUUAACAACCCAGCCUCACAAGCAAAUGAUGCUGCAGCUCCUGAAUCUAUUGUAGCAGGACUGCCCGAGGGAUCUACAUCACAAGUAAAUCCAGAAGCUCCAUCCAGCUCUGUGGAUACAGCAUCCAGUGGUAUUAACAACCCAGCCUCACAAGCAAUUGAUGCAGCAGCUCCUGAAGCUAAUGUAGGAGGACAACCCGAGGGAUCUGUAUCUCAAGUAAAUGCAGAAGCUCCAUCUAGCUCUGUCGAUACAGCUGCCAGUGGUAUUAACAACCCAGCCUCAGAAGCAAUUGAUGCAGCAGCUCCUGAAGCUAAUGUAGGAGGUCAACCCGAGGGAUCUGUAUCACAAGUAAAUACAGAAGCUCCAUCCAGCUCUGUCGAUACAGUUGCCAGUGGUAUUAACAACCCAGCCUCAGAAGCAAUUGAUGCAGCAGCUUCUGAAGCUAAUAUAGGAGGACAACCCGAGGGAUCUGCAGUGCAGACAAAUGGAAAUGCUAAACCGGAGAGUUCAACUGACACAUACGCAACUGUAGUACCUGAAGUCAACGAGGCGGUAACAGAAGCUAAAAAUGCAGUGAUUAAUCAAACCACUGUUGAAUUCCAAACGGAGACAGCUGGUGUUCUGACAGAAUCUCAACCAGCCACUGACAUCGUACCAUCCGUGCAAAGUGAAUUAAAUACAAAAGCUCCCCAAGCUGAAAUAACUGCAUCGGAGCUUUUGACCCCAGUUGAUUAUGUUUUAGAUAGUUUUACAGUAGAACCUGAACCCGGAGCUACUGUAGUAGAUGUUGUUGCGCAGUAAAAAAAUAUGUAAAAAAUAUUUGGAGUUUGUAAUUGAAAAGUAUGAACAGACUUAUAUGUAUUAAAUAGUUGCUCAUA